UGCAGUUAUUCAUUCUAGUCAGAGGUGUAAAGACUAAGUAUCAAUAUUAAUAUCUCAAUAGGCAAGCCUAAAAAUUGUAUUAACAUCCCUUGUUGUUCUUUUAGAACUCAUGUUUUGUUACAAAAUAUAAAAAGUAAAAAAAAAUAUAAAUUAUGAAUUCAAUGGAACAUCUCGUGAUAUUGUGCAUUUUGUUUAUUACAUAUGACGAAAUUUCAAGUUUCCGAUGUGACAGACGACCGUAUGGAGCCACAUCGCCGUCUUCGGCGCCAGAUGGUCGAUUUAAAUUAAAACUUUUAGGCACCGAUUUUAGCUACAUACCAGAGCAGCUUUAUACAGUGCAAAUAACUGCGACAGAUGAGGAAUCACAAUUCACGGGUUUCAUGAUAUCCGCUGAGGGCGAUACAAAACCAGAUCCUCGCAACCCGCGGAGGACGAUAUCUCAGUUCCCUGGAGACAUAAGACCUCAAGAUCCGUCUACAGCAAGAUUUAGUGAUCGAUGCUUGUAUUCCGUAGAACAAGCUACCAGCUCUUAUAAGUCUUCUAUUGAAGUGUACUGGCAGGCUCCUCCAACAGGAAAUGGUUGCGUCACUUUACGUGCUAUGGUGGCAGAAAACGAAGACCUAUGGUUCGAGGAUGGGUCACCUUUAACAAUGAGGAUAUGCGAGGAUUUACGGCAGCCAGAUGAUGUAUCCCCGCAGUUGAACUACGAGUGUCAGAUUUGCGAUGAAGCUAAAUAUGAGAUAUCCUUCACUGGUAUAUGGUCACGGAACACUCACCCACAGUUGUAUCCAGAAAACGACUGGGUACCACGGUACAGUGAUAUGGUUGGAGUAUCACAUAGCACCGACUUUGUGUUAUGGACUCCUGGUAGUCUAGUUACAGAAGGAAUGAAAGAUUUAGCUGAACACGCUAACACAAGCAAGCUGGAAGCUGAAAUUUUGGAAAAAGUGGGUGAUGGAGUACGAACUUUAAUAAAAGCUAAGGGACAUGGCUAUCGAAAAAUGAAUAAUCCAGCACUAGCAAUCUUCCGAACUGACAAAAUCCACCAUUUGGUCACAGUAGCUAUAGGUUUGUUUCCUUCACCAGACUGGUUCCUAGGAGUGACUAGAUUUGAACUGUGUCAGGAAGAUAACACAUGGCUGCCAGAAAGGGAGCUAAAUUUGUUCCCUUGGGACGCUGGUACAGAUAGUGGUGUGUCGUAUGAGUCACCAAAUAUUGAAACAUUUCCACAAGGUGCGGUGUCCCGAGUUCAAAUGAGUUCGUAUGACAAAAAUUCACCAUUUUACGAGAUAGACAUGAAAGAUUUACACCCUUUUGGACGACUUUACAUAAAAUUAAUGAGAACUUAUCACAGAGAAUGUGAAGAAAUUUCGGAAGAAGAAGGUGAAAAAGAAAGUCCAUCUACAGAAGAAAAUCCUACUGAAGAGGAAGUCAAAACCAAUCCAGUUGAACCAGAUGAACCCUCCAGGUAUCAAAAUCCAGAAAUACCUAGCGGCGACGACGGUGAAAGUCCAAUAGAAACUGAUCCGGAGUCUUCAGAGAAGUGUCCUAUAUCCCAGUGGCAGGAAUGGAGCCCAUGCGAAGGUGCUUGCGAGGGAGGGAAGGUCUCAGGAUACAAAUGGAGGGAACGAUAUCAUUUAGUGGAUGGAGUUGCUGUUGAAAAAUAUGAUCCCAGUAAUUGGCGUUCGCCCAAAAAAGAAGUAUCGAAGUUCUGUAAAGCUCUGUUUGAUGAUUUUGAGAGGAGCGAAUGUGAGGAGGACUGUACAGGUGAUAAUGUUGAUGAAGAAAAUGGCAAUGAUAUUACAGCUGGACGUCGGGUAAUGCCACCUAUAAUUCCGGGUACUUCUUGGAGGUCGAAUAAGAGAGAUACUCCUAAAUCAAAACACUAAUCCAAUACAUUUAUAUAAAUUUUUUAAUAAGGGUUCUAGAUUUGUAAAUUAUAAUAUUUAACAUUUAGGAAAACGUUAUUAUUACUAUUGGUCACUUCAUCAUCAUAUUAUUCUCUUUCCUAGUUUAUAAGAACCGUGUUUCUUUAUAAAACUUGUAUUGGAUAGGUACUGUAUAAUAUUGUGUACUUAUUGUUAUAAGUUUAUUCCAAUAAUAAUAUUGUUGUACUCGUAUUUUUAUUUUAAUAUUAUUAAUAA